UACUGAUGUGGAAGAAUGAAAAGAAGACGCAGGGAAAAGAAGAAAAUAGCGGUGUGCAAAUGUAUGGGUCAACACUCUACGCACCAGCGGCAAAGGGGCUUUGGACAUUGUUGCGACCCGCGGUCAAGCGACAGCUCGUCUGGCACGUUCUUUGAAUCUGUUCCCCUGCGUGGCUCUUGUCUCCCCAGCCGCCACAUGCGAUGAUGGCAUUUUUGCAUUGAUGUUCUUUUUUGGACCAGAAAUGCAGACGAUCUGCGGUUUGUGGCAUUGGGGGUAAGGGAAGAUAACCAUGCAUUUGUCUUCUCUCAUUUUAGUGCUUGCUCUUGCGUCCCUCUGCCGUCCGGUGAUAUCCAAACGUAGCCAGUGUGGUGUUCUUCCGCAAACCACCAACAAAACGCCGUGUGUCGUUUCUGCCCGCUUACCUCGGCAUAAAUGCGUUGAUCUGAGAGCGAAUACCACAACAAGCACCCCAAGAAAAAACUCUGGUGCUCCGGGUUGGAAGUGUUCAUGGUCCCUUACACAACAGACGCAGCUUCACGAGCACACGCCCCGCCCCGCCUCGUCCACUGUUUCAUUCCUAGAUUGUGUUUUGAGAAGCUGCUUUUCUUCAGUGUCAAAUCACAGUUCUGUCUUUUGGCGCGGUAGUCAAUCAGAAAAACGGACUGCCUUUCUGCUGCUGACCCCCCGAAGUGUGCAUGUACACCUCUUCCUGUCGGCCAGCCAACAUCGCUUUGCGUACAAACCUCAAUCCGCGGUGGUGUUACUUCCAAUCAAGCACGAUUGUCUGGUGAUAGCGUCUUGCUGCCCAGCAAGCAGGGCGACUGAGAGAGAGUCAACAUUGUCUGGUACUUCUGUGUCUGCCAACGGAACAGCGAUGACGGCUGCAGCGUCCCUAAGAAAAACCAAGGGUGCUGACGCUGCUGCGUCGCAGGGUCGGGCCGGGCCGCAGCCCCGCGGCGUAAAGCGAGAUCAGGCAGAUUCCCCAGGUGAACUGCCAGCGACUGAGGAGACUACAAGUCCGAUUUCUAGCGUUUCUCGGGGCGUCUCCGGGUCUGGAAAACCAGUCGUGUCGAAACGGAUCAAAACAGAGCCUGACACCCAGACGACCAGUGCCGCAUUAGACACAAAAGCGGAUGGGACAGCGGACGCGAAGCACUCGAGUGUCAAGAAAUCGGCGAUGAAAUCGGAGGCACAUGAGGGCAACCAUAAUGGCACAGAGGGCGAAAUGAAGCAGAAGGUGAAUGCGAAGGGGGCGAAAGUUAAGGGUGAGACCGGUGAUGAGGCAGACGACACGCAAGAGGGAGAAGCCAAGAAUGGAGGCAAGGCACCGAAGCGAUCAGCUGGCAAGAAACAAUCAACUGCAGGAAACUUGCCGACGGAGGUCGACGAAGUUUUUCUCAGGCAUCGAGCUGUGGCUGAGAAGAGCCGGAAGUUCCUCGGUGCUCAUAUAUCAGCUGCUGGAGGUGUUCAGAACGCUCCAGUGAACUGCCUGGCCAUCGGAGGACAAGCUUUCGCUUUCUUUUUGAAGAAUCAGCGGCGCUGGGACUCACCGCCGAUAAGCGACGAAUCAGCAGAUGGCUUCAAAGCCGAGGUGGCGAAGCUGAAGCUCGAUGGCCCCGAGCAUAUCUUGCCUCACGGCUCCUACCUGAUCAACUUAGCGAACCCAGACGCGGCGAAACGCAAGGUGUCCUACAACGCGUUUCUUGACGACCUGCAGAGGUGCGAGCAGAUCGGCGUUCACCGAUACGUCUUUCACCCAGGUUCGACGGUUGGCCAGUGCACCAAGGAAGAAAGCAUCAGACAUAUUGCAGAAUGUCUCAAUAAGGCAAUAGCGGCAACCAAGAGCGUCACGAUUCUACUCGAAAACAUGGCGGGACAGAAGAACGUGCUCUGCAGCGAGUUCGAGGAUCUCCGAGAUAUAAUUGCUCUCGUGGACAGGAAGGACCGCAUCGGUGUCUGCCUGGAUACGUGCCAUCUGUAUUCUGCCGGUCAUGACAUCAAAACGGAAGAAAAAUUUGAAGCGGUGAUGAAAAAGUUCGACAGCAUCGUUGGCAUGAAGUAUCUGAAGGCGAUGCAUAUCAACGAUUCUAAGGCUCCUCUAGGAAGCGGCCUGGACAGACACGAGCACCUCGGAAAGGGCACUCUCGGAAUGGCCCCGUUCAAGUUCAUUAUGCAGCACCCGACGUGGUUCAAGGACAUGCCCCUCGUCCUAGAGACGCCCGAUGUCGACAACAGUGGUCCAGCCAUGUGGCGCAAAGAAACGGAGAUGAUGUACAAAUUCAUCGAAGAGUGAUGCAUGCACAGGUCAUGCCAGGGAAACUGUUUUUCAGGAUGGAUGCAGCGGCGACGCUGUACAUCUUGGGCUGUCGUGUCGUAGUCGGUCGAUAGAUGCCGGCUUUAGCUUCCGAUUGCAUGCAGCGAGGCGGUGUUUUUGUCAAGAAUGUUUCAGUGGCGCCGUUGAGAAAGCAUAUUCGAUUCCUCAGGUGAGAGUGGCGGUGCGAAUUUCCGGUCUCCGUCGGGUGAAGAAAAUACACUUCUUGACUGGCAGAUGGUGCGAAACACAUGGGCACACCACUAGUGAUGUUUGCGUCAAUUUCCGUUUGCACUCGAAUGCCGUAUUCAAAACGCUUCUGAUGUUGGCGUAGUGUGAAUAUUUCAGUCAGAAUCAGUGUUGUACGAACUACCUCCGCAACGGCUUUCAUCAAGAAACUGCCUAAAUCGCUUGAUGUUCGACGUGGCCGGACUUUUGGACUCUAUAUAAAGAGGCAGCAACAUCGAAUCGUGUUCCCCACGUCCGUUGCUGUGUCGUCUCUGCUGGAAGUUAUAACCUGCAGCACGAUCACAGCAACACAUUCGUUGGCACUGUGACGAGGUUUCGUUAUCCGAUCUCCCUGUUUCCGCUAGCGUUUGCUCGCGAGCUGCGGAAACAAAUUUGUUGCCGUUAUCUGGGAUUGAAGUCCGUGCGUUUUCUCUCGAAGCGGUUUUUCUUUUCUCUUGGCAUUGCGGCAACGAAAAAACCGACUUUGUUCGAGACAGUGGUCAACAGUUCUCAAACGCUUUUGCGUA